UAUCCAUUUGGAACAAUGUUAAAUGUGCAUUUGUUGUUUCUUGGUGAGAGCUGGCAGCGCUGCUGGGCGUCAUCAGUCACUAAGCGACGUCAACACAAGCAGCCACGUACCUUCAAGGAGGAGGUGGAGCUGCGUUACAGCAGGAAUAUGCAAGGCUCUGGUCUGACAACAUUGCAGGACUACUCUGGGUGCUUUGUAAGACUACAGCACCUCUUCAAAGAUAGAGAUGAAUUUAGUAAGGAAUUGCAGAAGAAUUUGGCAGUUUCUGCCAAUCCAUAUAAAAUGUCUUUGGUAUGUGUAAAGCUUUCUCCGGACUUAUAUAAAUGUAAAUCAAAUUCAAUGGCAGCAAAUAUACUUGUUGAACUGCAGAAUUUUCUGAAUCAGGAAAGUAAUAAGCAGAAAUUUGAGUCAUGUCUGAGUGUAGAGCUACAGAAAGAUGCAUUUCAAGUUGCUGUUAGACAAAAAAACACUGGCAUCCUAAGACUCCUUGUUAAAGUUUAUCAGAUGAUAAAUAUAAAAGACUAUCUUUUGCCUUUUGUGAAGGAGCUGCAAACUAAAGACCACCUCAAAGAGGUGUGCACACUGGCUACUCUCCUUAGCCUCCAGUCACAGUUUACUACACAGGAGCUCAUUAUGCCCUUGUUUCUUCAAGACCGCUUGUCAGUAGCAGAUGAAUUUCUUGACUCGAGUCCCUCACACCAGAAAGAAAUUUUGGUCUUCAUUGAUAAGCUAAUUGGAAAGAAAAUAGAUACUGUAGAUUUAGAAAAAUAUAAAAUCAAAGAUUUAAAAAAAAUUAAAUCCAGCAAAGUACUGUGCAAUGUUGUGGCUAGACUUUUAAAAAGAUUUGCAUUAGAUUCAUCAGUUUGUCCUCAUUUCAAAAAACACAGAGCUACAGGGGGACUGCGUUUCUUAUUUUAUAAAUAUUACAUUGAGAAAGGUAUACAGAAACAGACAUUCUUCAGCUUAGUUGAUGAUACAUUAAAAGAGCACCCAGACCUUAAAAUAGACUUGAUGUACCUUUUUAUUGAAUACUGUGAUCCUGAGGCAGCUUUACCAUAUGUAACUAAGCUACAGAUUGCCUUCCCAGAUAUUCCAAGGCAAAUAAAAGAUACAAUGAGCCAAUUUCCACAUCUUAUGCAUCAGAAUGAUACCUUGGAACAGCAUCUCGAAUCAACCAAAGAGGAAGAAAUAUGGGAUACUGGUACGAAAGACUUUUAUCCACUCAGUGUACCUUGUGAGAAGGUUGUCAUUAUUGACACCAUUGAUGGCUUGGAGAGGUGCACCGUUGAUUUGUUAAGGAGUCCAGUGAUAGGCAUGGACUCGGAAUGGAAGCCAACAUUUGGACUAGGAGCCCCAGAGCAAGCAGCACUGCUACAGUUAGCAACAACUUCGCAGGUGUUUCUUUUGGAUCUUGUAGCACUCCAGCCAAUAAUGACAGAUUGUCACUGGCACCCUCUUUGUCAGAUGAUUUCAAAUUCCAAAAUUACAAAACUUGGUUAUGGUAUUAAAGGAGAUUUCAGAGUUCUUGGUCGCCUUAAUGCAAAGAUGAGAGAGGCAUUAUCUACUGCUAAAAAUUUGAUUGAUUUUGAUCACACUAAAGGAAUACUUUUAGAGAAAUAUUCAAAUAUUUUCUCUUAUAGUGAAAUAGGUACAUCACACAAAGGUCUAAGUGAUUUAGUAUAUCGUUGUUUUGGGUCACCACUUAACAAAAGUGAGCAGUUCUCCAACUGGGCUGCAAGACCACUUACUAAAUCACAAAUCUUGUAUGCUGCCACUGAUGCCAGAUGUCUAAUUGAUAUUUAUGAAUAUUUGAACUGGCAUUCCAAAAAUUGUAACAUCCCAGAUUGGCAGAACAUAAAGAAAAAUGAUGUUAUUAAACCAGAAAAGAAGAAGAAAACUUCCAAACAGUCAGAUGGUAGUCAAGUGAAUGCAGAACUGAAAAAAAUGAGAGGGAAGGAGCCAAAUAUUGCAGCAGACUUCAAGUUUGUUUGUGAUACAAUGGUGCAGGGCUUGGCAAAGAAGCUUCGUUCCUGUGGGAUUAAUACUGAAGCAUUAGACAAUGGUGAGAGUUGUGAUCAUUGCAUUGAAUAUUAUGAAAAGGAGAAGAGAGUGGUUCUCACCCGUGGUGUAUCAUACACCCGACUGUGCAAAUACAUUCCUGCCGAGUUUGUAUACUGUGUUCAAAGUGAGAUGGCCCAAGCGCAACUAGCAGAGAUAGUGAAGGUAUUCAACAUAAAGGUUACCGUAAAUGAUGUAUUUGCAAGGUGCUCAAAGUGCAACUCUCCAUCUUACAUAUGUGUGCCUUCCUCUGUCCUCCUUGCUCUGUCAGAAAAGAAGUGUAGUAGUAGUGUAAGUAAGGCAAUAAAAGAUGAGUGGGUUGAGUGCCAAGGUGGGCAUAUUAAUCUGGCAACUGGUCUCACAAAAGAUGGAGUUAUGAUUCAAGUGGAACAAAUACCUGAUUCUGUGUUGCAAAAAACAGAAUUAUUCUAUGUAUGCUGUCAGUGUGGGAAGUGCUACUGGGAAGGAUCGCAUCACAACAGAAUUAUAGAUGGAAGACUGAAGGAUAUUAUCGAAGAUGAAAAACCAGGAAAUAGUGUUGAGAAUUGCCAGAUCCUUAGACAGAUGUGUGACUGUCCUGUGCAGAGUCCUGCUCAACAUGGCAGCAGGGAAGCACCAGCAGAAGCCUCUAUACAUGUAAUGGAGGAACAUAAAGCAAACUGCAAAUCAUUUGCUGAUAUUCCACUGUCACACAAUGAAUUAUCUGCAAGUUCUGAUGUUGAGGUCUGUGAUAGUAUGAACUGAUCGGUAAUAUAAAUCCUUCGUGUAAUGACUACGUAUGAAAGAAAUAUUAAUGAUUAUAUUUAUUAAAAGCACUUAGAUAAUUUUAUUUUUAUAUUUCGUGAUAACUUAGGAAUAUGGAUUUACCUUUCUUAAAGAUUUAUGUAGUUGCUCAUCAAAAUUGUUUGUGAAGACACACAUUGUGAACACAUUGUUUUUGAACACAUGCAUUGUUUUUUAACACAUGCAUUGUUUUUUAACACGUGCAUUGUUUUUUAACACAUGCAUUGUUUGUGAGCACAUACAUUGUUUGUGAACACACACAUGAUUUGUGAACAUUGUAUGCGAACACACAUUGUGAAAACACAUUGUUUUUAUACAAAUAUUUUGUAUUCUAGGAAUUUUAUUGCCAAGAAGAAUUUUUUUUCUGUUAUUUUGUAGUGAUAAAAGAGUUUGUUCAAGAUGUGUGCAUAGUAUUUUUAGGACAGUGUUAUGGGGGGGUAUUAUCUUCACAUUUGGUCACAUUUUCAUUAUUAAAAUUAUCUUUCAUGUAUAACAUAAUUGUCAAGCUUUCAUGCAGGGUUGUAAAAUAUUCACAUCAUUUCUCAUCACAUCCUGGGUUAUGGACACUUUUGCAAAACGGUAGCACAAGACACAUAUUAUGCAACAUAGUAUAUCAAAUACAUUAGUAAUUUUUACAAUACAGUAGUGUAAAUAAGGAAAGAGAAGAGUGAAGCCUAUGAAGCAUUAGUAAUGCCAGAGAGGACUAGAUUUAUUGUGUUGGGGUCUAUAGUUGAUAUAUGGAUCCAGUAAUAUAUAAUGUUAGGGCACACACAUGCACGCACGUAUGUACGCACACGCUAUACUCGGAGACGUUGCUCAGUUUUUUAUGCAGGUUAAUAUUUUUUCUAUUUAGCACUUCAGGAAGGUUUAAAUGGAAAUAUGUCCUUAGUAGGCAGUCAUUGUUGGAGAUAAUGAUACACACAAUACACUUCUUGUGUAUUGUGUGAUACAUUUUUUGUAUUGCAUUUUUGAUACAAUGAAAGAUGUUCAACAGUCACAGUAUUCAAGAAUUAGUUAAUGAACUGUAAACAUUUCCCAAUAUUUCGAAGGCACAAAGAAAAUUUUUUACUAUACCAUCAUUGUUGUAAAAGUAAUAAUUCAAUUCCUGCCAACUGGAAGAUGAGAGUAGGCUAACAGUUACAAAGAUUAUAGCUUGAUAGCCAUAUUGGUUUAGUGCUUUAUUUUAAUAAUUACUUGACCACAAAUAUUACAUUUGAGUAAAUUAUAAUUGUUAAUGACAUGCUUCAGGCUAUAAAUUCUUGACAUUAAAUUCACCUUCAAGCUAUCUAUAGGCCCAGAUAAUGUUGAAUCAAAACCAAAAUUGUAUAUUGUACAAAUUUAUAAAUUUAAUUAUGUACACUGUUUGCAUAGAGCUGGGAAAAUGUGUGUGACUCUUGAGUAAAUUGAAUGAUGGUGUGAACAUGUUGAAGACUAGUUCAUCCUUCACGCUGAACUGAUGUCUGGACAUCUGCUCCACCUGACAUUCUCUGCCAAAUGUGAUGUUGAUUUUGACCAUUAUGUUUUGAUUCUCUCG